UUUGGAAAAGGGUGAUAUAUCCUAUGGGAAAUUAUGCCUAGUUAGCUUUGAACAUAAUUUUAUACAAGAAAUUAUUAAAGAAAUAAACUUUCAAAGAUAGUUAAAAUAUUGAUACCCUAAAUAAAAAAGGAUUAGAACCCCCCUUAUAAAAUUCGGCAUACUCCCUUGAAUUUGGCACAAGUUUUGAAGGUGUGCGUGAAACACAAAUCAGCUGGCGACGCUCUGGGUGCGAACUCGAAGCACUUUCUGGAAUCAAUAUAAUUCGGACUCUUCCCUAGAUAACACCACGGUACCCCUGCUGGAGUACAUGUGACACUGCAAUUUCCAGACAAAAACAUUAUAAGUAACUGAAGAGCAAAAAGAAGGAAAGCAUUAUGCAACGCAUUGCAAUUAUUGGAGGAACCGGCAUGACCGGCGAAUGUGCCGUAGAUCGCGCUUUGGAAAAAGGUCUUAAAGUGAAAUUGCUUUAUCGCACCGAGGCCACCGUUCCAGAACGGUUCAAGUCCAAAGUUGACUUGGUCCAAGGAGACGCUACCAAUUACGAGGAUGUGAAGCGCCUGAUCGAGGGUGUGGAUGGAGUGUGCGUAAUUUUGGGAACGCGCAACAAGUUGGAGGCCACCACGGAACUAUCGCGCGGCACUGAGAACCUGAUCAAGGCCAUGAAAGAGGCCAAAUUGACAAAGUUCUCCAUUGUGAUGUCCUCGUUCCUGCUUCGACCCUUGAACGAAGUUCCCGCGGUCUUUCACAAGCUGAACGAGGAGCACCAGCGAAUGCUAGACCUGACCAAAGCUUCGGGGCUGGAGUACAUAGCUAUCCUACCGCCGCACAUCGCCGACGAACCUUCCACCGCAUACACCGUGGUACACGAUGAAGCCCCCUGUCGGCUGGUAUCCAAAUAUGAUUUGGGCAAAUUCAUUGUGGACAGUCUGGAUCAGCCAGAACACUACGGCAAAGUGUGUGGUAUUGGAAAGGCCCCGAAAAGUACCUAGAUUCCCUAUAACCAGAGAAAUAGCAUUUCAAACCCUUUGCAGCUGAUAAAUUAAAUCGUACAAAUAUUAAUAUUUUUUCAUAGUCCAUACAGGUAACGUAGAUAUCUGUAUGUAAUGUGAGCAAGCGCCCAAUAAACUAUCCAUUUUUGAAAAGUA